AUGGAAGUACAUCAUCUUCACGGGGUCGAUAAAAGCACUGAUUUCUUCCCAGUUGAGCACCCUAUGGAGCCACCAGAUGAAGAUCGUCCCGUGAAAUGCCCAAUGCCUGAGUCUUCCGUUAUUAAUGAUGAAAGGAUGCAUGAAAAGAGGUUUGCAGAAGGAUUGAAAAAGAGAGUAGAAACAACAAGGGUCGUCGGAGAAGGGGAAAGAGCAACCGCAACAACAACCAUGGACGCAGAACCUCCAGCUCGAGGAGUACGAAAGCGGCAUCACACCCUCACAAACGGAGGGGGAGACCUUGUGAUGACUCCAUUAAUGAGAAUGCCACCUCUCCCUCCCAUACCAUCGCAGAAUAUCACCAUCUUUCAGAUGCUGCAGCAGUUGGACAAGUUUGAGUCUUAA